AUGGCCAAUGUCACCACGGUGAGGGAAUACCUCCUCCUGGGUUUCUCUGAGGUCCGGGAGCUGCAGCUGGUCCACCUCCUGGUCUACCUGGUGGCCCUGACGGGGAAUCUCCUCAUCUUUGUCGUCACUGCCUUCAACCGGCGUCUCCACACCCCCAUGUACUUCUUCCUCAGGCACCUGUCCGUCCUCGACCUCUGCCUCAUCUCCGUUACCGUCCCCAAGUCCAUUAGUAACGCCGUGAUAAACAGUAGAUCUAUUUCCUCGGCCAGAUGCGGUCUUCAGGUCCUCUUCUUUACCUUCUGCGCCUGUUCGGAGGUGGGCAUCCUCAUGGCAAUGUCCUACAACCGCUAUGUGGCCAUCUGCUGGCCCCCGUGCUAUGAUGUCAUCAUGGCUCCAGGGGCCUGUGGGAAGAUGGCCCUUGCCUCGUGGCUCAGCGGGCAACUCAUGGGGAUCCUUCAUGUCUCUAAUAUCUUCUCCCUGCCCUUCUGUGGCCCCGCGAUGAUCCACCAUUUCUUCUGCGAUGUCCCCCAGGUAUUAAAGCUCGUCUGCCCUGGAGACACAAUGGGAGUAGUGGGUGUUAUCUGCCUCAUCGUCACUGUGGCUUUUUUCUCUUUGAUUUUAAUAAUUUACUCUUAUGUCAGCAUCUUCUGGGCCUUGCUGAGGAUGCCAUCCACCGAGGGACGGCCCAAAGCCUUCUCCACCUGCCUGCCCCACCUCGUCGUCGUCACCUUGUUCCUCUCCUCUGGAGGGUUUGAAUACCUCAAUCCAGUUCCUGACUCCCCUUCUCUUCCGGACUUCCUUCUUCCAGUGUUCUAUGCCAUAGUACCCCCCUCCCUGAACCCUGUUAUUUAUAGCCUGAGGAACAGGGACAUAAAGUCUGCCCUGGGGGAAGCCUUCAGGGGGAAAGGAAUUUGCUUAGGAUGA